AUGCGCUCAGUAAUUGCUGAUCCACAUCUACUGGAAGCGUCUCCCGAACAGACCAGCCAACCUAUCGGCGCCAUGCUUCUACAGGACUACUUGCCAUCAUUCGCCACUAGAAGUCCUUUAAAUCACAAUGUCGAAACCAUGAAUUGGAUGCUCCGCGGCUUGAAGGGAGCCACGGAGGCUUUUGUUGAAGAGCCACUGACCGCUGUUCGCAUCAGCACAAAUCUUCCAAGAGCACCCAUGGUAUCAAUUAUACAGCCAGACGUCGAGUCUCUUGGCCUCAAGUAUUUGGAAACCAGAUUGGAACCAACCACUGUGCUAUCGAUACUUGGUCUCGAAGGAAAUUGCGACUCCAAUCCUUAUAAGUUACCGGACCAGAUGGUAGUACCAGAUGAUCCGCCGCAAGUAUAUCUGGCGAUUGACCAUAGUCGAGCAGGUAUCUCAGCUUUCUUAGCAGAAGAGGACUGUGGCAUCGGUUGGAUAUUGCGCAGCUUCCGCAAUAUGAAUCUAGGAGCAGAGGCCGACUUUCCAGGCGAACUCGAGGAUCUCGCGCAUGUAUUGAAGCAUCUCAUGCACCAGCCUGUUGAUGAAUGGGGUUGGAUAAUAUCAUCUCAUAUUUGUGAGAUAGUCUUGCUUGGUGAAUCGACAAACGAUACAACUCUCGACGAAGCGCUGCAAUAUGUCUUGCAGGCUAAUUACACCAAUCUCAAAGCUAGAAGUGACUAG